CAACAAGUGACCAUCAACCAAAGUCUGCUGUCACCACUCAAUUUGGAGAUUGAUCCCGAAAUCCAGAAAGUGCGAACCGAGGAGAGGGAGCAAAUCAAGACACUCAACAACAAGUUUGCUUCAUUCAUUGACAAGGUCCGAUUUCUGGAGCAACAGAACCAGAUGCUUCAGACCAAGUGGGACUUCUUACAGGAACAUGGCCAAAAAGGCGGCAGCAAGAGGGACAACCUGGAGCCGAUGUUUGAGGCAUACUGCAACAACAUGAGGAGGCAGGUGGAAAGGCUGACAUCAGAUCGGAGCCGCCUGGAUAACGAGCACCGCAACAUGCAGGAUCUUGUCGAGGAUUACAAGAACAAGUAUGAAGAUGAAAUCAACAAACGCACAGCUGCAGAGAAUGAGUUUGUGGUGCUCAAGAAGGAUGUUGACAGCGCCUUCAUGACCAAAGUGGAGCUGAAUGGAAAAGUGGAUACUCUGACUGACGAGCUCCAGUUCUACAAGUCGUUGUACGAUGCGGAACUCACAGCGAUGCAAGGACAGAUGUCGGACACGUCUGUUAUCCUGUCUAUGGACAAUAACCGGUCCCUAGAUCUGAACAGCCUCAUCGCUGAAGCCAGAGCACACUACGAGGAUAUCGCCAACAAGAGCCGAGCAGAAGCUGAGUCUACCUACGCAAGCAAGUUUCAACAGCUCCAGGCAGCGGCUGGACAGCAUGGAGACCAUCUGAAGAGCAGCAAGACUGAGAUAUCCGAGUUGAACAGAACAAUCCAGAGAUUUAAGGCAGAAAUUGAAAGUGUGAAAAAACAGUGUGCCAAUCUGCAGACUGCCAUCGCAGAGGCCGAGGAGCGUGGAGAGCUUGCCCUGAAGGAUGCCAGGAAAAAGCUGGCUGAAUUGGAGGCUGCUUUACAGAAGUGCAAGGAGGAAAUGGCUCGUCAGCUGAAGGAGUACCAGGAUCUGAUGAAUGUCAAGAUGGCCCUGGACCUUGAGAUCGCCACCUACAGGACCCUACUGGAGGGAGAAGAGUGCAGGAUGUCUGGACAAAUCCAGAACACAGUGAACAUCUCUGUGGUCAGCAGUGGCACAAGCUACAGCUCUGUAGGAGGAGAAG